AUGUGGGCUGGGAACGUUCCAGUGCCUCCUAAUGUUAUUUUUAUCGGAGGCAUGUACCGGGGAGUAAAGAAAAAAAUCCCAGAGGAUCUGAAUUUGUUUCUGAAUUCAUCCCAGAAUGGUGUGAUAUACUUUAGUCUGGGUACCAACGUUAAAAGUUCACAUAUCUCCCCUGAAAUAGUAAGAAUAUUCUUCGACGUAUUCUCUCAACUGCCGUAUGAUGUUUUAUGGAAGUGGGACGGAGAUGAAUUACCAGGAAGAUCACACAAUAUCAAAACAUCGAAAUGGUUCCCGCAGUCAGAUUUACUACAACUCUACUCGAAGAUAUUAAACAUAUGCAUUUUUGAUCCACCUACAACACAGCUUAAGGACCGGUACGGACUG